AUGAUGAUCCCCCAGGCUUUCCAAGGUCAGGCUGAGCUGCCCAGCGUCGACAGCACAAACUCGUACUGGCACAAAGAACCCUCGAAGAAGCUCUUGGGUCAUCGCAGUACGGCAGACUUACCCUCGACGGCCAAAGUCGUGGUUGUAGGAAGCGGUAUCACUGGUACUUUCGCCGCGAGAGAGCUCGUCAAAGAAGGGUGUAAGAAUGUCGUACUCCUUGAAGCAAGAGAAGCAUGCUGGGGAGCUACGGGAAGGAACGGUGGUCAUUGUCAGCCUCUCCUCUAUGCUACCAAAGAACCAGUAGCUCAGUUCGAGAUGGAUACAUUCCACUUUCUGAAGGACCUUGUUGCUGAGCACAACAUUCCCUGUGACUGGGAGACAGUCGGAGGCGUGCACCGUAUACCAGAACAAGUCCUCGAGAUUGUGGCUAAGCAUCUGGAAAAAUUGAGAGCCUCCAACCCCGAUUUGGUCCACAACAUCAAGAUAGUGACAGACAAGGAGGAGCUCAAGAAGCUACGUGUCGCAGAUGCGUAUGCUGCAAUGUAUCAGCCGAACGCAGCCAAGCUAUGGCCAUACAAGCUUGUCAGCUGGGUUCUUGAGCAACUUCUCGAAGCGAAUGACUCUAGUGUCUUCAAUCUUCAAACAAAGACGCCCGUGGAGCGCAUCCAGCGCACAGGCGACUCUUGGAUUCUGCACACACCUCGUGGCCAGAUAGAAGCCAAGAAUGUUAUCCUAGCAACCAACGCUUACACUUCACACCUCCUCCCUAAGCUGACUGGCCUCAUCGUCCCUGUUCGUGGACAGGUUGCUGCUCUCACCCCCUCAAGCGGAAGCUCACCACUUGAACAUAGCCACGUUUGGUGGACGCCGACGGGAGGAGACGACUAUCUUGUCCAGCGACCUUCGGGUGAACUUAUCACUGGCGGUGAGAGGCUAGGCUCAUCUGAUAGUCAAGCAGGCCUCUCUCGUGAUGACGCGAUCGAUCCAGUCAUCGCUGAACGCUUGCGUGCUUCGCUCCAUGCCGCUGUCAAGCUUAAGACACCAGAAGAGGUGGAGGACGCUACCCUUGAAGCUACAUAUGAGUGGACUGGCAUCAUGGGGUAUUCGAGAGAUGGUUAUCCUUGGGUUGGCAAGCUACCCGCAGCUUUAGGCGGUGAAGAUAGUGGCAUUUAUGUUAGCGCUGGAUAUACCGGCCAUGGCAUGCCAGUAGCGGCGCGAUGUGGAAUCGCUGUUGCCCAGGAGAUACUAGGAAUUAGUGGUGGUGUGAAUUUGCCAGCGCAGUAUCGAAUUGAUGGAGGGAGAGUCGACAGGGCCCAAAGCAUGAAGAUUCCCUCGACGCUGCUGGACGAGGUUAUGAUGAUGAUUGGUGAUUGA